GCAGUCUGCGUUACCUCAGAGAGUCAAGCGGUCACGCCAAAGCGAUAAUAUUGAUGAGAAACGGGACCGUAGCCGUUAUAAAGGAGGUUUUAUUAUCUGAUUUAGUUCUUCGUUAGCAGGUAGAUGUUCUCUAGGCUGCAGCUGCCGCGGAGGAACACUUUACCGCUCAAUAACUGGCUCGUUAGCAGCUGACUCCCCGUAGCAACACAAAGGCCUAUGUAGCUAGCUAGUUAGCCCCAGCUAGCUAGCAACCACAGCUGCAGUAGCUAGUUAGCCCCAGCUAGCUAGCUAGCAACCAGCUAACAGCUGCAGAACACCAACAGGCGUGUCGUUUUAAUGUUCUACCUGUAACAACAGCUACAGUGAGUCAGCAUUGGGCUUUUUUCUGCUUUUCUACGACCAUGGCGGAUCAGAAUGCAGUGGCCAUGCAGCAGAACCUGGACAGGAGCUGCUGGGUGUGCUUCGCCACCGAUGAGGACGACCGUACGGCGGAGUGGGUUCGCCCGUGUCGCUGCCGCGGCUCCACCAAGUGGGUCCACCAGGCCUGCCUGCAGCGCUGGGUGGACGAGAAGCAGCGCGGGAACAGCACGGCACGCGUGGCCUGCCCACAAUGCAACGCUGAAUACCUCAUCGUCUUCCCCAAACUAGGUCCGGUGGUCUACGUGCUGGACCUGGCGGACCGGCUCAUCUCUAAGGCCGGCCCCUUCGCUGCUGCCGGCAUCAUGGUGGGCUCCAUCUACUGGACCGCCGUCACCUACGGAGCCGUCACCGUCAUGCAGGUGGUGGGCCAUAAGGAGGGUCUGGACGUGAUGGAGCGGGCCGACCCCCUCUUCCUGCUGAUCGGCCUGCCCACCAUCCCCGUCAUGCUGAUCCUGGGGAAGAUGAUCCGCUGGGAGGACUACGUGCUGCGUCUCUGGAGGAAAUACUCCAACAAGCUGCAGAUCCUCAACAGCAUCUUCCCAGGGAUUGGCUGCCCGGUCCCUCGUAUCCCGGCGGAGGCCAGCCCCCUGGCGGACCACGUGUCGGCCACCAGGAUCCUGUGUGGCGCUCUGGUGUUCCCCACCAUCGCCACCAUCGUGGGGAAGCUCAUGUUCAGCAGCGUCAACUCCAACCUGCAGAGGACCAUCCUGGGAGGAAUCGCCUUCGUGGCCAUAAAGGGGGCGUUCAAGGUCUACUUCAAACAGCAGCAGUACCUGAGACAAGCUCACCGCAAGAUCCUCAACUUCCCCGAGCAGGAGGAGGCCUGAGCACACACACACACACACACACACACACACACACACACCUGUGCUGCCGGAGGGGGCGGGGCUAAGGAAACUGUCAGACUCGGAGCAGGAAGUGCUGCUGAAACAGACUUCAGAUCAGUGUCACCCUCUCCCCCCUACACCCCCCCUCCCCCGACUCGUCACACAUCCACGCUAGCAUCGCCGCCGCCACCGCCACCACGCCGUUUAUUAACUCUUAAAGACGCUUUCCUUCUGGGAGAAGACUCGCACACACCCGGGACUGUGAGCGCAGCGUGGACGCCAGUCCUAACUAAUAUCUAUUACUGUAUUUUAAAGAUAAUAAAAAAAAGAAAAAAUGCGGGGCAUGUGUAAUUAGAAAGUUUUAUAAUAAUAAAUGAUUGUUUUAUAAUGUUUAUUUUGCAGAUUGAAAGUUAAAAAAAAGCCCCGUUUGCCAAUGUUGGGGGUUUAUAUAUAUAUGUA